GGCAAACACAACCCAAACUGGGGGGUUUCUCUUCAAAGCCAGCUGGUCUGGCUUUAUUCUACAGGAAUUUUUUUACCUGUCAGUUUGGUCAACGAAGCCCUCAGCAGGUGCUGACGGGUACAACUUCCUGGAGAAGCAGAAGAAGGGCACUGGUGCCGAAUAAGAAUUGUAAACUGUGAAGUAACUACUAUGGAACAGAUUAAGUAAAGCAUUGGAGGCGGAUGAUUUGACAAUAAAGAGGGUGUAUGUGCAGGAACGGAUGCAGGGGUCUGUGAACUGAGUAGUGCAAGUGCUGAAGAGGGAGAUUUGUUUUGAGGAAACGGGAAAGAGGAAGAAAAGAGAAGGAAAAAAUACAUAAUUUCAGGAACGAGAGAGAGAAGAAAAACGGGGACUAUGGGGAGAAAAAAGAUUCAGAUCACAAGGAUUAUGGAUGAACGUAACAGACAGGUGACAUUUACAAAGAGGAAAUUUGGGUUAAUGAAGAAGGCUUAUGAGUUGAGUGUUCUAUGUGACUGUGAGAUUGCUCUAAUCAUCUUCAACAGCACCAACAAACUGUUCCAGUAUGCCAGCACUGAUAUGGACAAAGUGUUGCUGAAAUAUACAGAGUACAAUGAGCCACAUGAGAGUCGAACGAAUUCAGAUAUUGUUGAGACAUUGAGAAAGAAAGGACUUAAUGGCUGUGACAGUCCAGAUCCCGAUGCAGACGAUUCAGUAGGUCACAGCCCUGAGUCUGAGGACAAGUACAGGAAACUUAAUGAAGAUAUUGAUCUAAUGAUCAGCAGGCAAAGAUUGUGUGCUGUUCCGCCACCCAACUUUGAGAUGCCAGUUUCUAUCCCAGUGUCCAACCACAACAGUUUGGUAUACAGUAACCCAGUCAGCUCGCUGGGUAACCCCAACCUUUUGCCACUGGCCCACCCUUCUUUGCAGAGAAAUAGCAUGUCUCCUGGUGUGACACAUCGGCCUCCGAGUGCAGGAAACACAGGUGGUCUGAUGGGUGGGGACCUCACAACCGGUGCAGGCACUAGUGCAGGGAAUGGGUAUGGCAACCCCCGAAAUUCACCAGGUCUGCUGGUCUCACCUGGCAACUUGAACAAGAAUAUGCAAGCAAAAUCUCCGCCCCCAAUGAAUUUGGGAAUGAACAACCGUAAACCAGAUCUCCGAGUGCUUAUUCCACCAGGCAGCAAAAAUACAAUGCCAUCAGUGAAUCAGAGGAUAAAUAACUCCCAGUCUGCUCAGUCAUUGGCUACCCCAGUGGUUUCCGUAGCAACUCCUACUUUGCCAGGGCAAGGGAUGGGAGGAUACCCAUCAGCCAUUUCCUCAACAUAUGGUACCGAAUACUCACUGAGUAGUGCAGACUUAUCAUCUCUCUCUGGGUUUAACACAGCCAGUGCUCUUCAUCUUGGUUCAGUAACUGGCUGGCAACAGCAGCAUCUACAUAACAUGCCACCAUCUGCCCUCAGUCAAUUGGGAGCUUGCACUAGCACUCAUUUAUCUCAGAGUACAAAUCUCUCCCUGCCUUCUACUCAAAGCCUCAACAUCAAGUCAGAACCUGUUUCUCCUCCUAGAGACCGUACCACCACACCCUCGAGAUACCCACAGCACACGCGCCACGAGGCGGGGAGAUCUCCUGUUGACAGCUUGAGCAGCUGUAGCAGCUCAUAUGAUGGAAGCGACCGAGAGGAUCAUCGGAACGAAUUCCACUCCCCCAUUGGACUCACCAGACCUUCGCCGGACGAAAGGGAAAGCCCCUCUGUCAAGCGCAUGCGGCUCUCUGAAGGAUGGGCAACAUGAUAACGUUAUUACCUAUUAGUUUUUUUCUUGCAGUGUGUGUGUGCUAUACCUUAAUGGGGGUGGGGGGGGGUCGAUAUGCAUUAUAUGUGCCGU